AGAAACAUCGAAUAUUCUCAUUCGAAUUUUGCAUUUGUUUUGCACGCCAGUCAGAUCGAGUGAAGUAGCCAAAGGAUACUUAUGCAAUGCGUGUAAGGAUGGAUUUUGGAAGCAAUCUCAAUGAUAACACUAACAACGAUACUUCUCUCAGGUCAACUGAUAACAAUGCCCGAGCUUCUCUUGAAGAACUGGUGGAGAAGGACAUUGAGAGGAAGUUUUUCAGAUGGGCAAAUAUGAAUGCAACUGAAAGUACUCCAAAGAACUUUCCUUUUCCUGAUCCAACUUCUCUUGGCCUUGCUGGAUUCAGUGCUACAACCUUUAUUUUGAGUAUUUUCAAUGCAAAGUUGUUGCCUGACUCUGUAACGAGUGGUGUCAUAGGUCCAGGGUUUUUUUAUGGGGGAGCUGCCCAGUUUAUUGCUGGUCUUAUGUGUUUUGUUACCAGAAAUUCGUUUGGUUUUGUUGCCUUAACUUCAUAUGGAGCUUUUUGGUUAGCCGUAUCUACUCUCAUUACUUUACAAAAGGAGAACGUCUUGGUAUUUACCGAAGAGGAAUCUAACCGUGUGUUGGGAAUACUUCUAGUUAGUUACGCUAUUUUCUCUUUGUAUCUUUGGAUUGGCUCGUUUGCACACAGUUUGGCUCUAAUUAUAAUCACCAGUUUGCUUGAAACUACGCUCAUUUUGCUUUCGCUUGCAAAUUUGGGAGUUAUAUCCAGUAUUCCAGGAGGAGUAACUGGGAUUAUGCUGGCUUCUGCUGGUUGGUACAUGUCAGCUGCGAUAUUUAUCAACGAGAAUUUCCGAAGAACUGUAAUUCCCCUCGGUGAAGUGCAAAAUAUCCCACUUCUGCGUCAAUUUGCACCAUAUCCAAAAAAGGAAACAAACUAGCUAUCAAUGAAGUUGUUGUAUUGUAUAAUGUUAUAAAACGCAGUACUUUCUUGUUGUCAAUUUCUCGUUGUCGUCCGGACUUCUGUUUAGAAACCUGAGAGAUAUAAGCAUUUAAAUACUUUGCUCAACAGGUUAUAUGAAAAUAUAAAAGUCUUAGCUAAAUU